CUUUUUUAUACCACCCAUCUUGAUCAAGCAUCACAUUCCUCUUCCUUGCAUCCUCAUUACAUUCAUUUCUCCUCCUCCUCCGUAAUUAUAAACAUUACAAAUAUAUUUCGUCAUGGUAUACAACGUUACUGUCCGACCUUCACUGGAAGAGGUGCAGGGUUUUAUCAAGGCGAAUGCAGGAAACACGAUUCCCAUUUUUGCCGAGAUUCCCGCUGACAUGAUCACGCCUGUGAUGGCAUACCUCAGAGUCUCGGACAAGUGUGAUUACUCAUUUCUUCUCGAGUCGAUUGCUGGAGGCGAGAAGAUUGGACGAUACAGUUUUAUUGGCAGCGAUCCGUACAAAGUCUUGAAGACAGGACCUAAUGAGAGCCUACAUGGCGAUCCCUUAGCUAUUUUGGAAAAGGAGCUCGGGAACAUCCGUUAUGUUAAAGUAAAUGGUAUUCAGGAUUUUACCGGAGGCGCCAUCGGCUACGUUGGGUACGAUAAUAUUCAGUAUUUUGAGCCUCGUACCAAGCGUGAUGAUCUACAAGAUCCUAUCGGUCUUCCAGACGCCGUAUUUAUGUUCUGUGAUACAAUUGUGAUUUUUGAUCACCUUUACCAGAAAAUUCAGGUUGUUACUCACUACCGAUCCAACGCCACAGACCCUGCAGAGGUCGAAAAUCAGUACCUGAAAGCUGUGGACGAAAUUCAUAUUACAGUGGAUUUGCUCAACAAUGAGAUCACCCCAAAGAUUCCUCAGCCACCUAUUACACUCGGUCAGGAGCCUGUUUCGAAUGUGGGGAAGGAAGGGUAUGAAGGAUUUGUGACCACGCUGAAGAAGCAUAUCAAACUGGGAGAUAUCAUCCAGGCCGUACCUUCUCAGAGACUUGCCAAGCCCACCAACCUUCAUCCCUUCAACAUUUAUAGACAUUUGCGGUCAAUUAACCCUUCACCAUACAUGUUUUAUCUGGAUCUUAAGGAUUUUACGCUGGUCGGGGCUUCACCAGAAAUGUUGGUUAGGGUGCAUAACCGUGUGGUUUAUACUCACCCAAUUGCCGGUACUAGAAAACGCGGAGAUACGCCAGAAUUAGACGUAGCACUAGGAGAGGAACUAUUGGCGGAUCCGAAGGAAAGGGCUGAACAUAUCAUGCUGGUGGAUUUGGGUCGCAAUGACGUGAACAGGGUCUGUAAGCCAGAGACAGUCAAAGUCGAUUCUCUGAUGCAUCUGGAACGUUACUCACAUGUUAUGCACAUUGUGUCCAAUGUUUCUGGAACACUACGUGAUGAAAAGACACCUUUUGAUGCUUUCAGAAGCAUUUUUCCAGCAGGCACUACCUCAGGUGCACCAAAGGUGCGUGCGAUGGAGCUUAUUUCGGAACUGGAGAAAACCAAGCGUGGAGUGUAUGCUGGUGCAGUAGGUCAUUUUGAUUACUCUGGCGGACUAGAUACCUGUAUUGCACUUCGAACCAUGGUUGUCAAGGAUGGUGUUGCUUAUCUGCAAGCAGGAGGUGGUAUUGUUUAUGAUAGUGUGGAGGAGGAUGAAUAUCAAGAGACACUAAACAAGUUGGGAUCAAACCUGACAGCAUUGAAGAUGUGCGAAGAUUUCUACUAUCGGAAGCAACAAUCCGAAGGACUGUAAAAAGACAGUAAUGUCCUAUCUGUUUCAUAGAUUUUUGCUGGCUGAUGCUGGAUCAUGCCAUCUUAUUAUUAUACAUUAAAAAAAGAG